AUGGCACCUCCUCCAUUCCGUUUGCCGAUGCAAGCCUGGGAGGCCCCUCCGCAGGUGGCUGAGGAGGAGUAUCCUGAGGAAGUGAACGACAUACUUCGCGAAAUACAGGGCUAUGUCUUCACUCGGAGAAUUCGCGCAAAGGAUUUCUUCUUGGACUUCGACCCGCUGCGAUGUGGCCGAUGUAGCCCUCACCAGUUUGUCCGCGGACUGAAUGCCAUCGUUCCGCAUCUUCGAUCCGACAAGAUGCGGAUAUUGACAGACUUCUUUACGGAGCCUUCACACGACGCCAUGAAGCCACAGGUUGUUCGACACCUGGACUUCCUUCGGUCUGUGGACCAUGUCUUUGGAGCCUCAGAGCUCGAGAGGCAGCCAGCUGUCAAGGCGCCAAGGCCUGGCCAUUGUCUGAAGAAGCACGGCGCUGACAUUGGUCCCUGCGACGAUGAGGCAGCUGUGGAGCAGACGCUGCGACGGCUCGCCUUGCUCGUGAAGACCCGCGGUGUAAUCUUCUCCAAAUGCUUCCAGGAUUCAGAGCGAUCCCUGGACACAUCACUGCUCUGUCCGCGCUUUGCCGGAAAGGUUACGGAGGCCCAGUUUUGCAGCCACUUCCCCUUCAUGCAGGACAUCUCGGAAUAUGAGCUGAACCUGCUGCUGCAGAGAUACUACAAUGCUGACACUGGUGGUAUUAGUUAUGUUGCUCUGGACAAAGAAAUCCAAGCCCUCAUAGAUGAGCCAUGCCAGGGGAGUGUGCAGCACCCGCAGACGGCCCGCACUCACACUUCGCGGCAGUGGACGGGGCCUGCGACGUGGAGUGGCAGAGAAUCAAUGCGACUGCCUUUUGGCCAGGAUCCUGACCAGCUCGACGAAGAGCUCCUCAUGCGGCUCAAGGCAGAGAUAGCCUCCCGCCGCCUUCGGCUGCACGGAAGUUUCCAGGAGGUGGACCGCUUGCGCCGAGGGGCUGUUAGUAUGGGGCAGGCCAGAACUGUCUUCACCAUCCUUCGCAUCGAGCUUGACUCAAAGGAGCUCGAGAUGCUUCAGCGAAUCUUCAAUCUCAAUGGCCUUUUCAACUACAAGCAGUUCUGCAAUGCAGUUCUGGAGGUGCCAUUGGACUCUGAUUGUGUGGACUUGGGUCCGGCGCUCUUCAAGAAGUCUGAGCGCGUGCGUGUUCGGCAUCGCCUAAAGCCCGAUGCGGAGGAGCAGCUUGCAGAGGCAGAGUCGGUCAUGGUGUUGAUUGAGGGCCGUCGUCGAGAGCCGCAUCUCGACAACAAGCAGAAAGACAAGCAGCGAAGCAGCCUCGGAGUGGAGAAGCGCCGCCACCAGAAAUUGCCCUUGGCCAGGCUGCUCCAACGGCACCAGCACCACCUGGUGUUCUGCCACCAGCUGGGUGAGGUGCCCAGCAUGGUGCUUCAGGCUGCCGCUCCUAGGCCAUCACCACCAGCUGCAGCGGUGAUCGCAGCUUUGGUGGCAGCACAGCAAGCACAAGCAGCUCCGCCUGGCUCCGCGUCGCCUCAGAUUGCUGCACUGACUGCAGCUAUUGCUGCAGCAAGGCAAGCAGCACCGGGUGCAGCUGCACCAACUGGUGCGCCCGCCGCAGUUCCUGGUGCGGCUGCAGCACCUGGCACACAGCCACAGCUGACAGCCCUGAUUGCCGCUCUGGCCCAACAAGGUGCCGGAGCUGGUGCACCCCCCACUCCCACAGCACCUACAGCCCCACUCGCUGCUCCCACACAACCACCCCCAGCACCGAACCCACAAGCAGCUGCCAUCCUGGCUACGCUGCAAAAUGCUACGACCGCCCCAGCACAGAACCCACAAAGCGCCGCGCUUGUCGCGGCCUUGGCGCAAAAUCCACCCGCUGCCCCGCCAAAUCCGCAAGCGCUUGCCAUUCUAAGCGCCCUUGGCGCGCCAUCUGCCGCAGGUGCUGCACCCACUGCCGCUGCUGGUGCCACUGGUGCAGCCGGCGUACCGCCUGCAUCUUCACUCUCCCCUCAAGCAGCUGCAGUCAUUGCUGCUUUGGUGGCAGCCAAGUCCGCAGCUCCUGCAACUUUGCCUGCGCAGCCCUUGCUCGGGCUAGCACCGCAGACAACUGCCGGGACAGCCGCACCGCCGAAUGCAUCCGGGCAAAUAGACAUAAUUGCGCACUUAGCAGCAUCAGCACGCAUCAAUGCAGCCAUGAAUGCAGCCUAUUCGCCGCCUGAAGAACAGCAGCCAGUUCCACCAGCACCAGAGCCAGCAGCUUUUGACAAGGAUGCCUUACGCCGCCUAGCGCAGCGAGCAGCCGAGGGCCCCAUCGAAGAUGAGCCUCCUCCCCCGCCGCCACCUGAACCAGUUCCGAAGGUUGCAGCCAUGCCAGAGGCCGAGCAGGACAAGGAUAUAGACGAGCCUGCAGCAGACACAACAUCUGAUGCGGCAGUAGCUGUUCCGGCUGCCCCGGCCCAGGACGAUGAGACGAACGGUUCCAUUCCAGCUGCAGCGGAGGUGGAAGUGAAAAAGAAGGAUUCUUCAUCUAUCGCCACAAUGCUCAGCUAUGCACAGAGCAAUGUUGCGAAGGGCAAGGUGCCAUCCGACAAGACUGUUGACACAGCUUCCUUGCAGCAGGCGUUUACGAUUGGUGGGGGAGCAAGUGGCCAUGCCUCCAGCGGCUUGAAGGGGUUGUCACCUGUGGAAAGCCUUUGUCAACGACUGGACUCAGCAGGCUCUGACCUCCCUUCCGAGGAGCGCAAGGAUCUUCAGCAGCAGAUUACAGCAAUUCUGCCGAAGCUUGAGCCACCCAAAGUGGCAGAGCUCGUGAGCCGAUUGCAAGGGGCAGAAGGCAUUCGCAGUUCGCAGUUCUUGGAUGAAGUCGCAAAAGCCCUGCAUCCAUCCCGCUUCACAAGUUCGCACUUGACUCGCAUGAUGGCUUCCCUGGCUACAUGGGCAGCAGCGGUCAGUGGCAGCGAUGCAGAUGGGAAGAUCAAGUUGUCUGAAGAUGCACGGUCAUUCUUCACAACCUCGGCAGCCGAGCUCUCGCUGAGGCUCAUGGAUGUCGCUCCGAAAGACCUGAGUCAGAUUGCCACGGCCAUGGCCACCAUCGGCAUGACAGAGGAACGCUUCUUUGCCUCUUUGGCUCGGGCAUCCGUGGCUCGAUGCGAGCGCUUCAGCGUGGAGGAGAUUCUGAUGGUCUGUGUAGCCUUCGACAAGGCAGGUAUGGUCCACAUCCCACUUCUGGAAGCGGCUGGCAAAUUGCUGCGACUGCAAGUGGCACAGGUGCCUGGUGAGGAUUUGUCGAAAGGUUUGCGCAGCCUAGCCACAUGCUGUGUUCGCGACCUGGCUCUUGGCAGAGCUGUCGGAGAGUACUUGGCGGAGGGUCCCAAGGGCGGGCUAACUCCAGAAGAGUUUUGCUCGCUUGCUUGGACGUUUGUCAACCUCGGCUUCUAUCACGACCAGAUGUUCCGAGCCGUUUUCAAAGCAUUGGAGGAUGCCCCUACAAUGCCAGGGGACACGUUGUGCCAGCUCUACGAGAUCCACCUGGCAUUGAAGGCCUUCAGGAAUGACCUCUACGGCAAGUACGAGCUGGAGGAGUCUGCUGUGCAAAGCCUUCGUGCACACUACAGAAAGCAUCGCGGUGGCAAGGUCAGAGAUGUGAAGUUGGAGCGCUCUGUGGAGAAGGUCUGCAAGGACAUCGCUGAAUGUCUUCAGAAGGUGGUUAGCGGAUCAAUUUCAAGGCAACAUCAGACCGAGCUUGGAAUGGCGGUGGAUAUUGCCGUCUCAGCGAAGAGAGGUUCCAGACCAAUCGUCUUCAUUGAGGUGGAUGGUUCGCACUCUCUGAUGAAAACGCUCGACCUGACGGGUCCGGCGACAUCCCAGAUCUCCAGAGUGAGGGGACCUGUCUUGUUGAAGCGGUACCUGUUGCAGAAGCAUGGAUUCCGAAUAGCAGUUGUUCCAGAAGACUUCUGGCGGAGUUUGCCAGACAGCCGAGAGAAACGGGCAUAUUGCGAUGCUAGUGGCAGAGAAUUUAGUUACCUGGACUUCUGCAACUCGUUUCGUCGUCGAGCUUCCGAAUCUGGGAGCGGGUUGAGGAGAGUGUGCCAUGUCUCACAGCCUUCGAGGUACUUUACACGCAAGGGAAAGGUCAUCCCGCUUGCGAGGCAAGCCCCACUCUCUGCGAGGCCGAAGACGCGUUGA